AUGGGUAGACCUCAAACUAAUCCCGUGAAAAAAUUAUUUUUUUCUUACAAUAUUGACAAAAAUGAGUCCGUAUGUAAGAUUGAAGGGUGUCGUAGACCUGUAAUUAAAGGUAGUGUUAGUCAUAAUUUGGAAACGCACAUACGAACAACUCAUCCUGAUGAAGCUAUCAUGUUGGAUAAAGCUAAGGAAGAUAUUAAAAAACUGAAGUUCGUAAAUAGUGGUGUAAAGCGUCCAAAUGAUGAAGAUAAUUCAUGCUCAAAUAAAAAACAUGGACCUUUAGAUAAACAUAUUUCAGUUGAAAAAAAAAAAUUAAACAUUAAUUUGAAUAAAAGUUCUUUGUUGGAGGCAUGUACUGAAAUGGUAACUAUAAAUGGUAGACCUUUGACCAUUUUCAAUGAUUCAGGGUUUUCUAAAAUUCUGCGUCCUUUAACAGAAGCAAUUGGCGGAGGUAUAACUAUUCAAUAUAUUAAAAAUGGUGAAAUUACUUUGAAAACGUUAGCAAUGGUAGAAUUAUUUGACACGCAUACAGCAGAAAAUUUAAAACAAUCGCUUCUUGAUGUACUUGUAAAGUAUGAAAUAACUCGAGAACAAAUUUACACAAUAACUUGUGACAAUGCAGCGAAUAUGAUAAAGAUGGCUAGGAUAAUGACUGUCAAUGAUAUUGAAAAUGAUUUUGUUGAUGAGAGUGAUGAGGUUAAUGAUAAUACUACAGACAUCAACAAUGAAGACAGUGAUAAUGAGUAUCCUAGUGGUGGGACACCAAUAUCUAAUGAAGACAUUGAAAAUGAACUCUUGAUUGAUUUAUUUAAUACAGAUGAAGCUACCAUAUCUAUUCAAUCUUUUGAAGAUGAUGUGUUUGAUGCCUUAUGUCCUUCACCUAUAACCUCAUGUGUGCGAUGUGCUGUGCAUACUUUGCAACUAUGUAUUCUAGAUGGGUUUAAAAACGCACCAAUCACCAGUUGCAUAGUUCAAGCAAGAAAGGUGGUGAAAAAAUUGAGAACUCCUAAGUCUGCCACUUGGCUAAAAAGAAAAAACCUCAAAUAUGCUAUAAUAGAUAACGAAACAAGAUGGAACUCUGUCUUUAAUAUGUUAUUCAGAUUAUUAGAGUUGAAAGAGUUUUGCCAAACCCACCAUAGCACUAAUACUGAACUCAAAUUAAAAAAAAGUGAAUGGGAUUCUAUUCAAAGCAUUGUUGAUGCAUUAAUGCCUGUUAAAAUAGCUACUCUUGCUCUUCAAAAGCAGGACAUAAACCUCGGUGACUUCUUUGGAGUAUGGCUUAAAGCAUCACAUGGUCUCCAGUCUAACGGUUCAAUAUUAGCUAAACAAAUUUUGAAAUCUAUGAAACAGCGUGAGGUGCUAUUAUUAAAGAAUCCAAUCUUUUUGGCAGCAAUUUUCCUUGAUCCACGUUACCAAUGCAUAUUAAAUGAAACUGACAAAAAUACUGGAAUUAAUCAUUUAAUUAAAACAUGGAAAUGUAUGAUUCAGAUACAAGAUGUAUGUCAAACUGAUGAUGUCAAUAACUCUGCUAUAGCCAAUGUUAUUGAUUCUCCUGAUAAUACUGCAGAAACAAUUGAUGAUGGAUUUGAAUUGUUUUUGUCAUCACAAACAUCUGUUGCAAGUAAUCGUAGUGAAACAAAUAUCUUAAAUGAUAUAUCCACUAGUUUGCAUAAUUUUAAAAAUGUAGAGCGUCUACAUUAUAAAACAAACAUACUUGCAUUCUGGGAAUCCCAAAAACAUGAUAAGUCUGAUCUUUAUAAGCUAGCAAAUAUUGUUCUUGCCGUACCCGCUACUCAGGUAUAUACAAUAUUGUUAAUACUUUGUAUUUUCAUGUGGAAUUUUUUAUUUUUUAUUUUUUCAGGUUAGUGUUGA